AGCCUACUAUCCUUAUUGCUGAAGACUGAAGACUGAUUAAAUUGUACAAUAGUCGAGUUAAUUAUUCAACACGUCCGCCACACGUUUUCAUUCUGUGUUGGUAGGUGUACAAUUCAUAACGUAGGUACAGAAGACAAUGCAGUCGAUAAAAAGAAGUACUCUAUUAACUGGAUUGCCAGUUUCAAAAAAUCCUCAUAUUAUUCUAACAUCACUUUACAAGCGUAUACUCAAAGUGCUUGCUCUGAUGCCUGAAGGAUCCAGUUAUCGUAGGCACACAAACGAAAUAGUACAGUCCAGACUGAAUGCUGUACAAAAAAUUUCGGAUAUUCCCACUCUUGAAUCUACCAUUGAUUGUGGUCAAAUUGAAGAAGUUAUCGUACAGUAGUUGUAACUUUUCGUGUCUCGACCGUAUACGCUUAUUGGCGUAGUGAUACUAACGAAUAAUUCAAGUGGCUUCCAGUAACCCUUCAGUUACCCACUAUCUCCAAGCAACCGUAUUAAGAAACUAACACAAGUUCCCAACUCUUAGUUGUGUUGAAAAGGCUGUAACUAAUCUAAAAUGAGGUAGACAACCAUCCCAUAAUGUAUUAAAUCCUUAGAUCUUUGAGGAUGAUGGUUCGUUUUUGGCUGUUACGUUGACUGAGAUACUAGCUGGAAUCGAACGUAAACCCCUCUGAUUGGAGUCCAUCUCUAACCGUCUCAGUUCUCAAAAAAGGAAAAUAAUUCUCGUGUCAGGCACAGAGGAAUCAGUUUGAUUGAAAUAGUGUUUGAAAUAUUGGCCUCAAUAACCUUCCGAUAUUUAACUGGGAUUCGUGAACAGCAAACCCAGGAAAACCUUACUGAUUUCAAACCUGGUUGUAAAUAUGUAGAUCAAAUAUUUACCCUUCGCCAGGCUCUAAAACAGACAAACCUACCAAUACCGGACUAUAAUGGUAUUCCUUGGCUUUAGAGCAGCGUUCGACUCUGUUGGUCGAGAUUUUCUGUGGUAGGGUCUUUCAUUAAAAUGUAUACUAAAGAAGUUCAUAGUAUAUAUAUAUAUAUAUAUAUAUAUAUAUAUAUAUAUAUAUAUAUACCUAGGCAUAUGGGGCUAUGUAAAGGUAGCCAAUUAGUUAAUACGGUAGUGGAUCUUCAUCAGCUGAAGUGUUUGUGAUAUGUAUUAAAUUCGCCCAACCACUGUCUAUUUCGACCUGCACUUCCAGACAGGCACCUUACAAAUCAACAAGAUCCCUACAACUGAUCCACUACCCUCUUAUUCCAACCGUCAACGGCAGCAGGGAGAGCGCUAACCGGCCAUUCCCAUAGUUCCAUUUGGAUUAUCGAAGCCACGCGUUCAUUAGCAGCAAUGUCCGCCAGCCUUUAGUUCUUGCCGUCUUUACCAAACCGACCGAACCUCUCUAAGACCCACACUAAGCCAGUGGGUCGAUCCAGUUACGGUAGGUACCUCUUAAGUGCACGUGUUACCGUAAGGUUGACUUCACGUGCCCUGGUCGACAGGAUAAAGCCAACCCAGGCUAAGCCUAUCCACCACACUAGUCUAGAAGAGCUGAUACAGAUGGGUAGAAGUCGGAUGUGGUUGAGCGCAACCAUACAUAUUGCUAUGCUGAGCACCUUAUCUGACGCACAACGGUCCCACCUCUACUCCGCACGUAUAUUCAUGUCACAUGGGACGGGUACUCUAACAAAGUCCGUAGCUACUCAAUCAAAUACCAGACACCCAUAACUCAAAACGCCCCAUAGGCAUCGUAACAUAUCAAUGAACCAAUAAUGGUCUGUUCUCAUAACCAAGACUCAGCCUGCUUUCUCACUCCCAUUCUUAGCAAUCCACCCUCAAAACGCCUAUCUAGUAGUCCACUCGUCGUUAUUACAAUGGGCAGGUGACACACCACGCUCGUACUCAGAAGACCUUACGAAACUUUUCAUUCAACUUUCUUGUGUUUUAACAUUUCACGAUGUUCUCAACCGAUCAUCACUACAUGCAAUGGCAUCCAUGACAUAUUUCACCUCAUUUACACAUAGGUUUUUCCAUUGGGUAUGCGAGGUUCUCGGGUCACCGAAAACGCUGAACGUCUCAACGAAUCUUCCAACUUUUUAAUCACUCAAUUGUGCCUAGCGAUACGCAAUCGCUGGGCAUUUUCACAGCUUUAGAGAAUAUGUAUCAAGGAUUCUACUUUAUUACACCGACCCUUGCACCUCAGAUCACCAGGAUCUGUACCAACUCCCCCUCCUCUUACCUUAGUACUUAGGGUAUGACCUCUAAGUUGAAUAGCUUUCCUAUACAUCCAGGGAAUUAUCUACACGACCCAUAAGUACAGUGAUGUGCUCUGACUUGAGACUUGAAGACGUCUACCAUUUUAAGUUCCAUAAAAUCGCGUUUUCCACGCGGCAUACACAUCAUCUGUGUUUGAUACCAACAUGUCUCCAAGAGUCACAACACCAAUAGAUUUUUUUCAAUCUAUUUAUACGCCUCUGAUUGCCAGAUGGCAUACAGUAACUCACAGCUUCAUAAAUACAACAAGCUGAAUCGUUAAAAAUGUUGGAUUGGUACCGUAGUGUAGGGGUUUGACCCCGAUUCUGCCAUCACUAACUCGAGCAUAAAGAUAGCUUUUAACCGUAUCGUGGGGUAAGGUCAGUCACUGUCUCACUCGCUUGAAAAACUUAAAUAUCCACCUCAAAAACUGCUUUACCUGCUAAGCCUAUUCGUACCGUGUAACGUAACUUAAGUAUUUCAUACUACUUUAGUACCAUCAUCCGUUGGAUCGCCGACAAUGGAGAGUCCGUGAUCUCCGAUAACAUGUCCUGUUUUAUAAUAAGUAUUGGCUGGUGCACAAUCCUACGGUAGUCAAACCAUAUACCCAGACACUUGAAUUGGUAUAAAUAUAUAUCAUUUCACGUAUUGAUAGAGAUUUCGAUGGACAGAAGUAUCCAAUAUCCAAAUAAUCGUGUAUUAGUAGAUUCACAAGAUAAUUUGCCCAUAAGUUUUUUUCCUUUCUACACUAUAUGUUGUUAAUUUAUUUCUUGACAUGUUAAUAUAGGCCCAAAGAGAAUAUGAUUUAGCACGCAAUAUGCUCAAGUGGAAACCUUGGGAACAGCUAGUUGAAGAGGCUCCUCGCGAUCAGUGGAAAUGGCCACUUUAAAAAACCUUAUUUAAUAUUUUAGUAUACAAAGUACAAUGUUCUGUAGAUAUACAUUUUAUUGUAAUACA